CGUGAUGCGGCUCUGCCGCCCCUCCUUCCAACCCGACGACGCCGUCCUCCGCCUCGACGCCGCCGAUCUUGCCGGCGAGGACCUCAUCGCCGCCCCCGGCCUCCUCUCCAUCAUCAUAUUUUCGUAUCUGCAGUUCUCGCCAGAAUCGGAUAUAUUAGAUAUAGACCGCCGCUUCUUGCUCUCCAAUAACCCCACCGACGCCCUCCCGCUCUUCGGCCACCUCAUCCUCCCCCAAUCCUUCGGAGCUAUUUAUUUGGGGGAGACUUUCUGCAGCUACAUCAGUAUUAACAAUAGCUCCAGCUUCGAAGCUAGGGAUGUCGUUAUCAAGGCUGAAAUUCAGACGGAAAAGCAGCGGAUACUAUUGUUGGAUACAUCAAAAGCUCCUGUUGAAUCAAUACGGUCAGGGGGGCGAUAUGAUUUCAUUGUUGAACAUGAUGUCAAGGAACUUGGACCUCACACGCUUGUCUGCACUGCUUUAUACAAUGAUGGUGACAGUGAGCGGAAAUAUCUUCCACAAUUUUUCAAAUUUAAUGUUGCAAAUCCACUUUCAGUGAGAACAAAGGUUCGCGCUGUGAAGGAGAUUACAUAUCUGGAGGCAUGCAUUGAGAACCACACAAAAUCCAACCUUUUCAUGGACCAAGUUGAGUUUGAACCUGCACAAAAUUGGAGUGCGACAAUAUUGAAAGCUGAUGAGCAUGCUGCAGAAAAGACUACUAACACGAGAGAGAUAUUCAGGCCACCUAUUCUGAUAAGAGCUGGUGGAGGAAUAUUCAAUUAUCUGUAUCAGCUUAGGAAAUUAUCACAUGAAUCUGGAGAAGUAAAGGUGGAGAGAAGCAAUAUUCUUGGGAAGCUGCAGAUUACGUGGCGAACAAAUUUGGGUGAACCUGGGCGCCUGCAGACACAGCACAUUAUUGGUACUCAUAUCACUCACAAGGACAUUGACUUGCAAGUUGUGGAGGUUCCAUCUGCUAUCAUUUUGGAAAGGCCUUUUUUGGUAAAACUCAGUGUCACGAAUCAGACAGACAGAACUGUUGGCCCUCUUGAGGUUUUCCUCUCUAAUGUCAGUUCCGCUGAAGAAAAGGCAGUCAUGGUUAAUGGAAUCCAAAAAAUGGUUCUAUCACCAGUAGAAGCUUUCAGUUCUUCCGAUUUCAGCAUGAGUAUGAUCGCGACCAGACUGGGUGUCCAGAGAAUCUCAGGGAUUACCAUAUUCGACACUAGAGAGAAGAAACUAUAUGACCCGUUGCCUGAUGUUGAGAUUUUUGUAGACAAAGAAUGAGUAUUUGCAAAUCUGCUGUCCUGGCAGUUGGGGCUUAAGUGCUUGUUGGUGGAGCUGGGACAACACACUGAUCUUUCCAUAAAGUGUGUUUUUAGUCCAGCUUAAGUUUAUUAACUACUGUAUAAAUAUUGUACAAGGGUUCACCAUGUAGAACCUUUUAAUCAAUAGUUUUCUUUUAUGGCUUUCUCCAUUUGUUUUUGCACAUAAUUGUGUUUUUUUCUCGUAUUUUUUGUGUUCUAUAUGUCCUAUGCAAAUAAUUUAGCAUAUUAUCUUUUUAGAGGGAACUGUCGU